AUGACCUUUGCCACUCCAUCGAAUCCUUCUACCAAAGGAACCUCCAACUAUGCUCAGCUGUGUCGCCUUCUUGUUGAAGUUGGAUCACAUGUGUUUAAGGAGAUCUUUGACAGGGUAUGUCCACCAGAAAAACUUCACACAGUUCUGACAAAUCCCACAAACUGUGCCAAAUUACAAACACUUCGAAAGAAGAGAGUCCUGUGUACCUCCCAGUGGCGCAAAUUGUAUCCUGCUGUCAAAUGGUCAAUUUCCUCAGAGAACUUUGACAGCUCCCUGCUGCUAUUACUUCUGAGGAAUAUCUUUGGUCUAACUCUCCCUGCCUCUAGCUGGCCAAGAUGACCUUCCUUUGGUAACAGACACCACUCCAGCAGCUGACAUCUCUCGCAUCAAGAUCCUCAGAGACAGAGUUUACAGUCAUGUUACCAGUGGUUCAGUUGAUGAUCCAACUUUCAGUUCCUACUGGAAUGACAUCAAAGACACCUUUCAGCGUAUUGGAGGGGCCCGCUAUCAGGAUGUUAUCAAUGAUCUUAAAACUGAUUGCAUGGAUGCUGAUAUUGAGAAAGACUACCAGGAGCUUUACAGAGAGUGGUUGAAGGAUGAAGACUGCGUCACAGAUAAAUCAUAUGAAGAUGAAAUGGUAAAAAAGGCCAGGAAGGAAGAUGACCUGGAGGGUUCCAUUGAGACAUAUGAACAAAAUUUAGGAAAGGAAGGUUUGUGUGAUUUACUUUUGUUAAUUUUAAGUUUUAACUAAAUUGUCUCUUUUGUGUGAUUAAUGUUAGAUAUAGUGGGUCAUGAAAUGAAAGAAAUUACCUCAAAAAUUUCUGUGUGGAAAUUGGUAUACUGUAUAUGUAAGUAAAUUUUUGUUUUUUUUUUCUUGAUGUUAUGAAUGAAGUCUACAAAAAAAUUCAUACAUGUCGUCAAAAUAUAAUUCUGUGCUGAAGGUGAUAGAUUUAAAGCCUGAUUAUUUGAGUAAAAGAUGUAACUCAGUGAAUGACACAACCAUGCAAACUCAGAGAAAAAAGGGUAGCACUCAGAGGUGUUUUUUUUUCUUCAAGUAUGUCUGACAGUGUGUAAUAUUGUACUGUUUAAUCAGUUAGUGUGGACUUGAAAUGUUUUAUGCAAGGUCAAGGAUGCAUUGACCUAAUUGUUAUUCAUAACUGGUUUUCUUUUCUUUUUCUUCAUUGUCUUUUGAUUUUUGUUUCGGAUCUGCUAAUAACUUCUAAUAAAUGAAUGGAAACAAAAAAAAAAGAAAUACUACAUUCUUCUUUUUUAGAGACAGCAAUGAUGCCAAGGGAAAGUACAGAAUGCAAGCCCACCAGAGCUCAAUGUUACACUUCCAUUGAUGAGUGAUCUUCCUGAAACCUCUUUUACUUGGAACGAUGUUGAACUUCCUGUUGAUAUUCUUUUAUUAACAGCGGAGGACUGUGAGUUCUUAAGUUGCUUUGCCUACCUGAGGGAACCCUUUAAGAGUUACCACAUCAGUACUGGCCCUGUGUACUUUGGAUGCAUGGGUGAUGAUCAAGGAAAGAAAAUGAAAAUUGCAUUGAUGAGGUGCUGCAAAGGUCCUGGUGUUCCUGGGGGUUCUUUGUCUGUUUCAAAAGAUGCCAUCUUGCUACUGAGACCCAAGGCUAUUUUUUCUGUUGGUGCCUGCAGUGGUUUGAACAGCAAAAAGGUCAAGUUAGGAGAUGUGGUUGUUUCAGCAAAGCUGAUAACAGCUGCACACAAAACUCCCCCUAGUAGAGAUAUUGGUAAGCUGAUCAAACAUGUGGCUGAUGGGUGGAAGGCACCUUUACAAAAUGCUGAUGAAUAUAAUGCCAAAGUGCACUGUGAUGGAGUGGUUCUGAGUAUCUUGGAGGCAAACAGAGAUAUGAUUAGGAAACAUCCUGAAGCAAUUGCAGUUGAAAUGGAAGGUGGAGGUGAGAAUCAUAAUAAUACAAAUAAUUGAUGAGCCAAGGACUUUAGAAUUUGAAGCGAGAGUUUUGAAAAAGACUGCCCUGGUAUUGUCUCUGCUGGUCCAAGAAAUAGCAUAUACCAUAAUUAUAGCAUGCGAAAUUUGUGGAAAUUAUAUCUUGCAUAAUAAUAGUAAUUUUGUGUUUGACUGGGGUUGAAGAUUGUUUAGCAGGUGGAGGUGACUGAGACUUCUUCUGUCUUCUAAAUUGAAUGUGCUCCAUCAGGAUGUCAUGAAUUGUCUUAAAUUUGUCAUCUGAAAAAUGUAGAAAGUAUUUUGUUGAAUAGUUUGAGAGUUGAGGAAUAACUAUCAGUCCCUGUUAACCCUGAAACUCUCAUGAGUGACCAAGACAGAAUUUCUCCUUACAGUAUCAAUAUGAUAUCAAGUAGAUACAACUAUAUUACUGUAAGUAAUGGGAAAAGAAAAAGAAAAUGUCAAUUAGGAAAUUAUUGGGUGAUCCAAAACCAAAUUCUCCCAACUACGCCACCUGUAACAUCAUAGGAAUUGUACGACAGACACUAAAGAGAAUUACCAAAGAGAUCUUAGGAGUGAAAUGGUUGACUCUAGCUGACAAAAGUUUGUCUUUUGAGAAAUGUUGAAAGUUACUUAUGAAACAAGGUGUACAGUUUUUUUUAAAGUACUGGUUGAAAAAAAUUAGAUUUUGUUACUAACUAAUGUCUUUCUGGGAUGUGCAUUUUUACAAACAGCUAGAGUGUGAAUCUUUUUAAGCUUUCAUCGCACAAUUAUUUUAAGGAUUCUACCAAAAUUAGCAAUAUAGUUAACAGACAUGAGUGUUUUUUUUUGUUUAAGGAGUGUAUGCUGCAGCCCAUGAUUUUAAGACAGAAUGGGUGGUAGUCAAGGGCAUCAAAGACUUUGUAGAUGAAAUGCAGUCUUCAAGUAAGAAAUGGAAACAAAUUGCCUGUGUGAUGGCAGCAUCCGUUGUGGCCAACAUUUUGAAUGAUCCAGUCAUAUUCCAAGAUUGGCCUCACUUUAAUGCAGGUAUUGCUUCCUGUCUCAAUCUUGUCCUUUUACAAGGAUAGGUCUGACUUAGAUCUAAGUUCCCAUAGCAUAUUCUUGUAUGGAUUACAAAUCAAGAUCAUUUAUUCAGUAACAGUUCACAAAUAGAAAAUUAAGUUACCCUUAUUUUAAGUUUAUGUAUUAGUAAGUUAAACAAGGCCUCUUAAGGUGGUGGCAGAAAAAACUUGUAGUUAAAUCAAGUGAUGCUGAUGAAUGACAAUUCACUUCAUGAGCCAGGUGAAUAUGCCUGUUUUCUAUAGUUAGCUUGGUUUAUGUAACACAACCAGAAAAUGGAAAAUUUGGAGGCCAAUGACAUCUGCCAUUUAGUGAUUUGAAGUGAUUUGAUAUAUGUUCCUGGGCAAAUUAAGCAACACAUCAAAUUGUUUUAAACCAAGAACAGAGAAUUAUCCAGUACUGCAUGUGCGACUGUAUUUUGAUGUUGAUACUUAAUUGAAUGCACAGGGAAGUGAUAACUGCCAGCACAUAUACAUGUAUUUACAGUUUUUUUUUCUGUUGUUGUUGUUGUUGUUGUUUUUACCCAUUUUUGGAACCUGACAUAAUAGUAGUAGAGACGAAUGAAUCAGAUUGUAAGUAAAUUUCUUAAGUAAAUUGGUUUAAAGAGACAACACUUCUUUUUGUUUAUUAUUUAAUUUAGGUGCCAAUGAAUUGCCUUCUCAAGGUGAGUCCACAUGUUUUGAUGAGUGUAAUACUUAAUAGUGAAAUAAGAAAUGUAAUAAUAGUGAACAUGUGAUUGGUAACGAUAAACAGUGAACUUAUUUACGACUAUUUGAACUACUGUUAUUAAAUGUUGACAAAUAAAGACGAUUUUGAAGGGUGGAUCCAGGACUUUUAUAUAGAAGGGGGUCACAAUUUUUGUUCAGAAAACACAGAAAUUUUGUGUUUUUUCUGAAACCACAGUAGGCCAAGACCUAUAUCUGGAACGGUAAUUGUUAGUUGCUCCAUGUUGGAUGGCGAUAUGUGAUCCUGUUGUUUCAAGAAUUUGGGUGUCAGACAAGUGGAUCUGACGCCACCACCGAUUUUUAACCAUUAUAGGGUCCGUGAGUUGGGGCUCUGGUAUCCAAUAAUGGAAUUGUUUCUCUGUCAGACACUAGACUUUGAAAUUUACAUUCAAGACUAAGCUUCUAAGGGUUAGAACUAUGUGUGGUAUUAAUGUGCCUUUAGUUUGCUAUACUUUUUUCAUCAAUAAGAGCAAUACCAAUAUAGCCUAAAAUCUUCGCCUUAAGCGCUUGUGUGUUGAUUGACCUGCCCUCAAAACAGUUAAACCCCGUGGAGCAAGAGUGAUAGUACUUAAACUGCUAUCCUCGUGUUCAUAUUAUUUAUUAAGUAUGUUCCUUUUUUAUAUUUCAGCCAUAAGUACCUACACUUCAGCUUUAAAGUCUUCAAUUAUGUACCAUACGGAGUUCCAACCCAAACUGCUUGCCUCUCGCACGAUUUCCAACGCGAAAACGGACGAAAUAUUCACUAAUCUUCUCAUACAACAUGGAAGAAAAGCCCUGAUUAGGAAUGACGAGACAUAUUAUUCAAGGAGUAAAGAGCUUGAGUACUACGGGAAAAUUAGUGGUACUCCAGUCAAGCACUGCAGUGAAAUACUUCUUGGCAUGAUUGAUGAUCAGGAAAGUGCUAAUUCUAUUCUUGUCGUUGGAAAAGCAGGGAUUGGGAAAUCCCUGUUUUGCCAAAAGGUGAUUCGCGAUUGGGCUAACAACAAAUUACUUCGAGCACUAGAAAGCACUGAAAUCCCCAAUUUAAAAUUUGUGUAUUUGCUUACUUUCCGUCAGUUGAAUUUGCUUAAGAAUAAGCAUUUGACUUUAAGAGAAAUCUUAAAUUUUUCCUCGGUACUGAAUGACAAAUGUGACAUUAACGAAUCAACAUUUGAGUACAUUGUAAAGCAUUCCAAGGAAGUAAUGAUAAUUCUCGACGGCUAUGAUGAGUAUUCUCAGAAAACCAGUAUCGAUGGAAACUCAGAAGGACGGCAUCCCAAUGACGUUAAUCGUAAAAUGCCGGUGGCCGCACUGUGUUCUAAACUCAUCAAUGGAAAAAUCCUGCAAGGGGCUAUCGUCAUGAUUACCUCGCGACCUGAUGAAUCGGACAAGAUGGGAGGAAUCCGUUAUAAACGGUAUGUGGAAAUUGCUGGUUUUUCGGCAGAACAAGUCAAAGAGUACAUAAAGAAAUACUUCAAGAAAAACGAAAAUAUGAAGAACGCUGUACUUAAACAUGUCAUGAACAAUGAGAAUCUUGUCAGUUUUGCUCAUAUUCCUAUGCUCUGUUAUCUGUUGUGCUUCGAGAUGGAGUAUACCCUAACCGAAUCAGAAAAUUCUGAUGACCUUCCUGUCUCAAUAACCGACAUUUAUACCAAACUUGUUGAUAUUUUUGAACUCAAGCACUGCGCCGAGUCAGAAUACAGACAAAAAGAAAUUCCUGAGAAGUUCAAGCCCCCUCCUGUCAUCAAGAACACUUUGGAGAAGUUAUCAAAAUUAGCGGCUAAACUGCUGGUUGAAAGAAAGCCAACUUUUGAUGAAAGCGAGAUGGAGCGUGAUUUUGAACUGGAAGAAGUCAACAAACUGAAAGGUGGCGGUCUUCUUUACUGUGGUCAGCCUUUCAGAACCGAAUUGAUUACAACCACGAAGCACUUUAGCUUCACACAUCUGACCGUCCAAGAAUUCUUGGCCGCUCGUUGGUUUGUAAGGGAAAUCGUGUUCCCGAUGCGAAAUGCUCUGAAAUGGUUUACCAAUUCAUGGCUGGCCUUUUCUCACGUGACGCAAACGAGGAAAUGA